AUGUUCAGCUUUGUGGAUAUUCGGUUAGCGCUGUUGCUCAGCGCAACAGUGCUUUUGGCAAGAGGACAAGGCGAGGACGAUCGUAAGUGUCACUUUUCAGUCUAUCCUUGCCUCUAUUGUCUUAACGAAAUUGAUAUGGAAAGACGGUGGGUUGAAGGAGAAAAGUGAUUUUCAUAGGAAAAAGGUUUGGUGACGACUGAGCCAUUCAGAUACAUAUGCAUAUUAGGAUACAUUUCUAUUCUUUAUCUGUGGUAAAUGUUUAUUGAUUGUUGACUGGUUACCUGUUUUUUUGUGGGAUUCAUAAGGAUAGCCUACCUCUUGCAGCUUGAGCAUAGUGUAUGCGCAUCAUUGCUUGUGGGCCUUCUCACGCGUGCCUUUGGAACGAGUUGGUACAGGUUCCAAGGCUUUCCCUUCCACUCGUUAUUUGAUGCCCUGGAGGUACAUUUUAACAGCUGGAAAUAUUAGAACGCAUGUACGAGAUAGAGGGGAAGGCUACAAGGCAUGCCAACUAUCUGCCCAUUGGAUUGAGUGGAAUUGAAUAGGCCUAUAUGGCUCAACAGUCUGUAAAUAAAGGAUAAAUGUAUUCAGUUGGUUAUUGAACAAUAAUUCGUAGCCUUAGGCUAAAUGUCAGCCAAGUGGAAAAGGAACAGGGUCAUUCCUGAACGAUGGAAAUUUUGAACCUAGAGUUUUUCUAAAUGGCAUAUAGCCUAGCAUAUAGUCAUUUAUCACAGGUAGGCUACAUCUUUUCAAAUAUGUUUUUUAAAAACGUUUGUAGAAAGAAUACAGUGACCUAAACGUUGAAGGAGAGGACAAAGCAUCAUCAUGCGCAAAUUCCCUAUAAUAGUUUCAAGCUCAGUUAUUUGGCCUAGGUAGCUACUUACAAAAAGUGUAUUCUAAUAGAGAUAAAGGAUAAUAACCUAAAUGCAUUACUUAUAGACAAACUACAUAAGCAGUUUUAAGUUAUUUGAUGUAUGAUGUCAAAUUGUCUAGACUGGUUGAGUAUAGGGUUUCUAGUUGCAUCUGGGGCGGACAGAUGUGCAAAUUCGCUCUACGGCCCUGUAGCGCCACCAUGUGGUUUUGACAUGCAACUCCACCAACAUUUAAACGCUUUCGAUGAGCCCCCUACCCUCCCCUUUAAUUUUUUUAUGAUAAUUGAUAACACAUUCAGAGUUCGGAAACUUUCCACUGAGGGAAAAACGCUGGCGCUUGCCAACCCGACAGUUUUCAAUUAUUUCAGCAGCGUUUGGAGGACAGCAUAGACGACGUGGACCUUUUCCACUGACUCAGUCAGGGAAUUUUAUAGGCCUAUUGUGGGACAUUUUUAGACUGUUUCGCCCUCUACAGUCAAAUCGUAGUAACUCCUGUAGACCAACAUUGUUGGUUUGGACACAGGUAGUCCGGCUCUCGGCUUAAACAAAGACCACAAAUUAGCCACCAAUACAAUAAAAUAUACUCUAUUUAGAACUAUUUCUAGCGCUAGCUGGGCCUACUUUGGAAAUGCAAUGUCUGGUUGGAUAUUCAUUCGUCUGGUUGUAUAUCCAACAAUAAAUAAACAAACUCAAGACAGAUUUUCUGAGGUAGUCAAGCCUGAUGAGGCCUGAUGAGUAUACUACAAAGCAGAAUCAAUGAGUUUGCCAGCUAACUUUAAUAAAAUAAUCAGAAAUACCUAUUGAUUUUCUGGUUCAUUAAGAAAAUUAAACUUAAAUAUGUGUUUUUGGUUCUUGAGUCAAUUAGACCAUGCCCAUUUCAAGUUUAUCUUUACAAAAAAUGUGUUAUUUCAGAAUAUUUAGGCAAGUUAUCUGGGUAACUCAUUUUACAUUUCAAAGAUAUUUGUCAACAUAAAUGUAGGAAAUAGGCCUUACUUUAGUAAUUUUCCAGGCCUUCUGUCCUGUUGUUCAUUCCAAUCGAGGCUUUAUGCAUUACAAAUACAUUUGUCAUUUAGCAUAGUGUUUCUUAACUCCAGUCCUUGUGUACCUCCAACAGCACACAUUUCUGUUGUUGCCCCGGACAAACUCACCUGAUUCAACUCGUUGAGUGCUUAAUGAUUUGUUGACAAGUUGAAUCAGUUGAGCUUGUCUGGGGCUACAACAAAAAUGUGUACUAUGGGCAUACUCGAGGACUGGAGUUGGGAAACGCUGAUUUAUCCAGAGCGACUUGGUGAGUGCAUACAUUUUCGUAUGCAUCACCUGGUCAAUGCGUCAUCACAUGGGCAUCCGUGCCUUUCUAGGUCAACAUUGAAGGCGAGUGUUCUAAACUAUUUCCUCUCUGCAUCUUUCUCAGGCACCGCCGGCAGCUGUACGUUGGACGGUCAAUUCUACAACGACAGAGAUGUCUGGAAACCCGAGCCAUGCCAGAUCUGCGUGUGCGACAGCGGCACCGUCAUGUGCGACGAAGUUAUCUGCGAGGACACAUCCGACUGCCCCAAUCCAGUGAUCCCCCACGACGAAUGCUGCCCCAUCUGCCCCGACGACGGUACGCCGAUUUCCUCCCGACGCAACGCUCAUGCGCUCACGGAGUUUACUUUAGAGGCGCAGGCGCUCCCAGAAUCAGUUUUGAAAAGUUUUUUGAGGGGACUGUUCGGCUUUUACUUUUAAGGGGUUGGACAGCAUUUUAUGGAUGGCCAACGAGGAAUAAACUUGGAUUUACCUUUAUUCCAAUCACACCAGUCAUUUUUCCCCAUUUUCCUCCGAAAUGGGAUGGGAUACUAUUCAGUGCUUCAGGCACAUAUUAUGCGCAUGUCCAGUCUGGUAGCACUGCCACCUCAUAACUACCUUUGGCCUUCCUUUCAACUUUGACCUAGUCUCAAAUUUGGGCAUUUGUGUACAUUUUCAUUAGGCCUAGUUCAGACAUUGUAGGCCCCUAUUAGUUCUAAAUCUAAUAACAUAGGCCUAAUGUACAAUUUGAAUGCACACUACAAAUAUUUAAUUUGUUUACUGUUCAGACUAUUUCAGCUAGUUCACAUUUUAAUCUAAUUGUUGUUUUUCUGUUACUACCAUAGGCUUCCAGGAGCCAAAGGUUGAGGUAAAUAUGAUAUUAUGAUCCUUAUUGUUAUUAACUAUCAGAUAAGGCUAAUAUAAUUAUAUGUUGUAUUACUGUUAAUGUUUAAAGUGUACUUCACAUGUAUUUUUGAUUGUUGAUUCAUUAUAAACACAUAAUUGAAACAAAUCUAUUUGAUCUUACACUGCACAUCUAGUAAGGCCAUAGGACAAUAAGAACCACAUCCUCAUUUACAACCAUGACCUAAUGCUACUAUUUCCCCUUCCAAUAGGGACCCCAGGGUGAUCGUGGAGCCAAGGGAGAGCCAGUACGUUUCACGUCCUUAUUUCUAUCAUGCUUUGUAUUCACUUUCUGGGGGCCAAAACCUAACAAACAUGAGAUACAUGCAAAACUUCAAGUCACAGUUUUUCACUAAUCCUCCAUUGACAGAGGUGUGUGGACGUUAAAGGUUUGCACCUAUAUCCCAAGUUAGGAUUUGGCCCUUAUGUUCUGGUGUCUUUUUGUACUUGUGUGCCUCUUGUCUCAGUUUUAAAGGACAGGCCUAGUAUCUUGCACAUCACUCAUAAUGACUGUUGUAUUAGCUCAUAAUACUCAUAGCAGAGUUUUGGCCUAUAUUAGCUAUUAGUAGAUUCUUCUUUUAUGUUGGUAAUGUCUGACAUGAGGUUAGAUUAUUAUCGAAGGCAAUGGAUAGACAUGUACAUCCAGAGUCUUUGGAGUUUACUAUUGGAGCUAAAUGGCUAAAUAGUCGACCACUAUCUUCAUUAUUUAAAUCUCAAUUCAUAUUUUUCAAUUGGUAUAGAUGUUAUACUUCAGCCAAAGCCCAACCUGUCUAGAUACCCAUUUGCUGACUAGUAUUUUGAGAUAUGUGUGGAUUUGUAUUGGGCCAGCAUAUGCAGAUAUAUUGUGCAUUUAUUGGAAUAGAAAUACAAUUUCUUAACUUGAAGAAUUCUACUCCAUUUCAAAUUAAUUAGAAGAAUAAUGUGGUUCUCACAAUCACAAUAUCUGGGACAGUGACUGGUUGGCCCUAACCAAAUACUUGAAGUGGGUAUAGUGUAGUGUUACAAUCUUUAUGACUUAAGUCACUUGGGAUUGUCUUAUAACUGAGACUAUCCGUGGCAUUUUAUUUCCGAUCAGAUGAAUGGAUGGAUGGACAGACUGACAGACUGGUAGAUACUUAUACAGUUAGAUUAACAUAUAGAUAGAUGGAUGUAUGGAAGGACAGAUGGAUAGAUGGCCUAAUGUACAAGUAAUCUGAAGUUAUUACAGAUAUGACCCAUCAAUAUGCUUCUAAUAUACUAGGGGCCUAUAUGCCUUGAGUUCACCCCAAACCCUAGGCCUAUGUUAGCUUUUCCCUUGUCACUCUUCACUGAUGCCUUAUCCCCCAUAGAUAAUAAUGAAGCCCUUUCUAUAUUCAAUGACUACUACUAUGUCUCUGUGAUAGUUCAUGACUAACCAGCUUCUCUUCUCUUGUCUCUCCUGCAGGGAGCUCCUGGUUUCCCCGGCAACGAUGGUAUUCCCGGCCAGCCCGGCCUUCCUGGACCACCAGGACCCCCUGGACCCCCUGGCCUCGGCGGAGUAAGUAUCUCAGGCCAAGAUGGACGUUUAACCUACUUAGCACUGACCCGGAGUCUGCUUUGACCCAGGUCGAAAGAUUAAAAGGUUAUGCGUUAGACAGAGGAACUGAUCCUAGAUCAGAGAUUAGGGGCAGCUUCUGUUUUAAAGAAAUGGGAGAAAGUGGCUAAUUCUGACAGCUGGGUGGAGAACACAGCAACACCCUCUUAUGAUGUCACAAAUCACUGAUCUCAAUAUAGGCUGGACAGGCUCCAAAUAGAGUGUUAGCGCAGUAAAUACAACAGGAACUAUUGUGCUAUUUUAUUCAGAAUGGAAAUCUCCAAAUCAUAAUGAUACACCUCCAAAAAGAGUAGAGACAAGAGCACGGCAGGUGUAAUGCUAAGCUAUCCUGGUUAGAGUGCAGUGCAGUCUGUAUUUCAGCACCAGGUCAGGUGGACAGCGCCCAGCCAGGAGUGGACAGGGAGAGAAUGCCUAACACAGCUAGGGAACGCCAGAGAGGUAGUCACCCUGUAGAUAUGAAAUGGAUAUGAACAGAUCUGUCAUUGAUAUGGACAGGCCUAGUGCCUUGCAUUCUCUAGCCGUGUUAGGCCCAUCCAUAUACUGUAUGUCGAGAUCACAGCACUGUUCUCAUGAUUCCCAAUACUGACUGACUGUAACACAUCUCUCCCUUGUGUCUCCCCUACAGAACUUCUCCCCUCAGAUGUCUGGUGGUUUUGAUGAGAAGAGCGGUGGUGGCAUGUCCAUGCCCGGCCCCAUGGUAUGGACAUACAACUACAAAGAGCCUGUUGGCCAAGUAGUAUCACUCACUUGUGGAAUCUGUUUUAUGUUUAGGAACAACCAAAAACUAUGGCCAUGAGAGACUUUUGCUCAGCAGAAGUUCUACAAAUUGACCUCUGUGGUUCUCCAUAGGUCACAGCAAAUACUAUCCCAUAAAACAAAUAUGAUAUUUUCAUGUCUUAUGUACUUCCAUAUCCACAUUAUGUAACAAUAUGAGUAAAAUAACUAACACCAUACAUUACAUGUUUGCGAUAUCUGCAUAAACUUUGACUCUUCCUACUUUGUCACUUCAAAAAUAGCAUCAAACCCCUUGUUACCACUGUGUAGAUGCCUUGAAAAGUUACUGAUACCAGUAUUCUAAUAUUACUCUUCAUGAUGUGACUGUCGGGCAAUAGAAUGUAUACUUUGGAAGGACUUUAACCCUCGCCCACCCAACCUUUGGUUGAUCCUUUGGUCAGUUGGCUCCUUCUCAAAUAUAUAUUCUAAUGGGAAGACUGAUGUGAUUGGUCGAUAACUGACUGAUCGUUUCUUUUCCUUUUGAUUGACAGGGCCCCAUGGGUCCCCGUGGUCCCCCUGGACCUCCUGGCUCAAGUGUAAGUAUCCCUUCCCUUUGUGUUCUAGCUGUUUAAGUGAUAUUUGUCAUGUAAGGGAAGAGAACUGGGGUCAAAGGUCAAAAAGAGGUCAGUUUAUGACCCUAGGUGAAUUGCAUGAUGGGAGUUGAAGUCGCUCUCGAGUUGUUUCGUUGUUUUUUUUAAGCAUAUAUGGCUGAAUGUAAACUUAGUUUAAUUUAUAGGUUCCUGACCAUUUCUAUUUAGUGUCUGUUUAGUUCUUGUCAUUUUAUUUCAGUUUUAGUUGUCAUUGGCUUUACUUUUAGUUGACUAUUUUUAUUGCUUUUUUGUUCCUUUUUUUUUUUUACAUUCAGUUUCAGUCUUCGAUAACUAUAAUGACCGUGGGAAUGUUUGACCCACAGGACUCAUUGUCCCAUGAGCUCAUAGCCCAUUGUCAACAGAACUAAACAAUGUUGUUUUUUGGAUGGAUGAACAUCAUAGUCUGACAUUGUCUCUUUGUCUCCCCCUAUAGGGACCUCAGGGUUUCACUGGCCCCCCUGGUGAGCCUGGUGAGGCUGGUGCUUCUGUGAGUAUCUCGUUCCGGAAUCUUCCAGAAAAUGAUACACCAUCAUCUCAAUAUCACUUCAGUAUCUCAAUCCCUCAUAAACACACACUUUGAGCUAAAUUCUACAUCAUAUUCUGCAGGGCAAUACAAUGCCAAAAGAAGAAAAAUAGCUCAACAUACAAUAGCUUCACUUAAAAAACAACUUCCAAACAACCUCCAGACUACUGAGCCACCCAUUACCUGCUGCAUAGGUCUUUCCCUAUCCUGAUGCUUGGAAUGGAGCCAACUAAGUCACAGGGUCCCCCCCCCCCCCCCCCCCCCACAUACACACACAACACAGACACACACACCCAUCACCAUCUUCCAAUAAUGUUUAGAAUGACCUACCCAUUAAUUAUGAUUUCUAGAUUAAUGUCAAAUGAUCCUAGAUUAUUUCCAUCACUGACAAAUUGUAAUGACAUUUCUCACAUCAAGAUAACUCUCUCACACACACACACACACACACACACACACACACACACACACCCUUCUCACCCAGUGGGUUAUCUCUUACAGGGUCCCAUGGGCCCCCGUGGUCCUGCUGGUCCCCCUGGGAAGAACGGAGAUGAUGUAAGUCACCAAGAUAUCCAUCAUUAAAAUCGACCAUUUACCAUCUAUGUCCCAGGACAAUUUCUGGGUAAGAUAUUCAUAAAGCGGAAGGAUUUGGAUCAUCAUUUAUUCCUCACCUUGUCUCCUCCUCUCCAUCCCUCUCUCCUUCCUUCCGACCCUCCUCUCCUCCCAUUCAGGGUGAGUCUGGCAAGCCUGGUCGCAACGGUGAGCGUGGAGCUUCCGGCCCACAGGUGAGUCGCAAUGUCAUUCUCCAUCCAUACACUCACUCUAGAACAUUAGUGUCGAGCAAUAGCACCUAAUAGUCAGACACCAUGAGACAUCUCAAAUACUUCAAGGGAUGUUAAGACAUCAACUGCACUGAUAACAUGUCUCGCUCUCUUUUUCUCUCUCUCUCUCUUUCUCUCUCUCCAGGGAGCUCGUGGAUUCCCCGGAACCCCCGGCCUUCCCGGCAUCAAGGGACACAGAGUGAGUCAUCGCACCCCCAAACUGUCCUGGUAGAAGUUGCUCUCCAGAACAGAUCCAGGAUCAGCUAAACGUCCCCAUGCCUAACCUUAACCAUGAAGGGGAUGCUCGUGAAACUGAUCUUGGACCAGUGUCUGGUGGCAACAUCAGCCUAUACUUCACAAAUAGCAGCAAUAGAAUCCGCCCUGUUUUCCUGUCCUCUAACCUUGUCCUCACUCUCUCCCUCUCUCUCUCUCUCCUCUCUAUCACUCUCUACUUCCUUCUCUAGGGAUUCAGCGGUCUUGAUGGAGCAAAGGGAGAGUCUGGCCCUGCUGGACCCAAGGUGAGACCCCCUCUCCUCCAUCUCUCCUACUGAUGUUGAAAUCACACACAUCCCCCCUUUCCCCUUUCCCCUCUCUCAUCCCCCAUUCACUGACCUGUCUGUCUGUGUGUCUGUUUGUCCUUCCUCAGGGAGAGGGUGGUGCAUCUGGUGAGAACGGAGCCCCUGGAGCCAUGGUGAGUCCCACCUUCCAUUUUGUCAGCAGACCUACACAAGAAUAUGAGUGUAGAGAGAAGAUCACAGUCAUUUUUAGCAUUCUGCAAUACAGUAGCAAUGUGAAUGGCAGCCAUGAUUACUUACCGUGCCAAUUUCUCUCCCUCUCUUUUAGGGACCCCGUGGUCUGCCUGGUGAGAGAGGCCGUGCUGGUCCCAACGGAGCUGCUGUAAGUCAACCCCAAAACCACCCCCUGUAACCAGUGGUGGAAAAAGUACCCAAUUGUCAUACUUGAGUAAAAGUCAAGAUACCUGGGCCUCCCGAGUGGCGCAGCGGUCUAAGGCACUGCAUCGCAGUGCUAGCUGCGUCACUACAGAUCCUGGUUAGAUCCCAGGCUUUGUUACAGCCGGCCGCGACCGGGACACCCAUGAGGUGGCGCACAAUUGGCCCAUCGUCGUCCGGGUUAGGGGAGGGUUUGGCCGGCCGGGAUGUCCUUGUUCCAUCGCGCUCUAGCGACUCCUAUGGCGGGCCGGGCGCAAUGCACGCUACAGUGUUUCUUCCGACACAUUGGCUUCCGUGUUAAGCAAGCAUUGUGUCAAGAAGCAGUGCGGCUUGGCGGGGUCGUGUUUCGGAGGACACACGGCUCUCGACCUUCGCCUCUCCCGAGUCCUUACAGGAGUUGCAGCGAUGGGACAAGCCUGUAACUACCAAUUGGUAAAAAAAAUUAAUUAAAUAAACUUUCAAGAUACCGUAAUAGUAUUCCUUUAAAGUAUUUUUACUUACGUACUUUACACCACUGCCUGUGACCAUAAACAAGGGGUGCAAUAGCACCAUUACAACAUAGACAUAUUGACCCUAUUCCUGUAGCUCAAGGGUCAUCACAUUUCCCAAGCAUUUUGUAUAUUUCAGAUGUUUACUGAUCAGUCCAGGACUAGCUUGUUGGAAACCUAACCAUUCUUACUCUCAAUCUACGAAAUGCCUCAACCUGAUUUACCUGAAUAUUGUUGAACAUGAGUCUUGUAUACUGGUCUCAGUAGGAAGCCAUAUUUUAUAUGUUCUAACAAUUCAGGAUGUCAGUUAUUUGGUUUUACAGUGUCAUGUUGUUGCUAGUUGAUUCUGACCCUGUUGUGCCUCUCUCUCUGCAUCUUUCUCUCCUGCAGGGUGCUCGUGGUAACGAUGGUGCUGCGGGUGCUGCUGGUCCUCCUGUAAGUACUAACGCCAGCUGUCUAUUCACACAGUACACAACCAUCAACAGAAACAUAUUGGUACACAAGCACACUUAUUCGGUAUUCAUCAUUUAGACUGUAACUCAAUCCUCUCUCUCUUGUUUUCUUGUAUUCUAGGGCCCCACUGGUCCCGCUGGUGCCCCCGGUUUCCCCGGUGGCCCCGGAGCCAAGGUAAGAUGUCAACUUGCACCUAUCCGUGUUCACACACCUGUAUACCUUCUACCUUCUUACAUUCUAUCCUCCACCCUCUACCCUCACCCUCUAGCUCUUUCCCAGGGGGCAGUAUUUGGAGAGGUAGAUGAGAUACAGUACAUCCAUUCUAGCACAUAAGAAAACAACAAAACAACAAUGGUAAUAAUAGUGUACACACUGCAGUGUUUCCAAGAUAGUGGUAUCCAUUUGCACAAUGCAUGAAACCGUGUGUAGUUGGCUGCCAGUUGAAAGUCUAUCCAGCUUCACUAUUGUGAUUGUGCCAUGCCAUGUGUCCUUGUGGGGUCAGAGGUCACAUUGAUUUAUUUGGGGUCAUGAUGUGGAUAUGAAUUUUGAAUGGCAGCAUAGUACAGUACAACCAUAUGGAAGUACUAGGGAGUAGGGUAGUACAGUACUGGUACAGUUGUACUUAACUUGGUAGCAAUAGUACUACUAGAGUAGUACUUGUGUAGGGUAGUACUUAGGGAAUGGACGGAUGGGGUAGUGUAGUGCUAGUACAGUACAACUAAAGGGUAGUACUUGUGUAGGGUAGGACUAGUACAAUACUAGUUCCAUGUUCUUUCUGUUCUUGCCCUGACCAUGUCUAUCUUCACCCCAACAGGGAGAGGUUGGUGCCCAGGGAGCUCGUGGCGGCGAGGGACCCCAGGGAGCCCGUGGAGAGGCUGGUAACCCCGGACCUGCUGGCGCUGCUGGCCCUGCUGUGAGUCUCACCCUCAGAAACCUCUAGUGAAAUACACCUCUGGACUGUGUUGGUGACUUGAAGUUAAAUUUGCUAUCCUUGUGAGACUUUCCCCUCUAACCCUUUGGUUUGUAUCUCUUGUAGGGAAACAACGGUGCUGAUGGAAACCCCGGUACCAAGGGUGCCCCUGUAAGUAUACACCUCACCCCACUCCUCAGUGAACUAGUGAUUUUAGUUGUCAUUGGUUUGUCUUGGUAUUUGUUCAACUUUGGAAAUAACCAAUAUUGUUGUUACUGAUUUGUCUCUCAGUGAUAAUGAAUCCAGGAAGUAUAAUGAUUGUUGUCACUCUGCUGCCUCCUCUAGGGUUCUGCUGGUAUUGCUGGCGCUCCUGGUUUCCCCGGACCGCGUGGACCCCCCGGACCCCAGGGUGCUGGUGGAGCUCCCGGACCCAAGGGUAACACUGUAAGUCCAGCUCCCUCUGACUUCCAUCACUAAAUAUAGUAAAGAAAUACAAUUAUCUAUGUUAUCUUGAAACGUAUGUUGUUGCAAUAACUUGGUCAGAAUGCACAGACCAUUGAGUGUGGGAUCUGAUAAUGAUGUUUGUUAUUUCUUCAUCCUAGGGUGAGGUUGGUGCUACUGGAGCCAAGGGAGAGGCUGGUGCUAAGGGAGAGUCUGUAAGUACACCUUUUGACUUAGUCUUUGGACAAAUACGAUCCACCAAGUCACCCAUACCACAUACACUGUAUCAUGUACUCACAUACUCAGUCAGCAGUCCAUAUGUGUCUGAACUCUACCACUGUACUGAUCCACAUCUCAGCACAAUGCCUUGCCACCCUCCAUUUCUCUGACCUUCAUCUUGUUUCUCCAUUACCCAGGGCCCCGCUGGAGUCCAGGGACCCCCCGGCUCUGCUGGUGAGGAGGGCAAGAGAGGAGCCCGUGGUGAGCCCGGUGCUGCUGGUGCCCGUGGAGCACCCGGCGAGCGCGUAAGUACCCCAGAUAGUCACACACUGUCCACUCUUCAUCAUAAUGUUCUCCUGUCCUUUACAUGUAGGCGUUCCCCCAUUCCCUUUCACUGUCCUCCUUCCCCUUACUCUUAGGAGAGAGAGAGGAGGAAUGUAUGCUAUAAUAAAGGAACUAGCCCUGUGUUAUAAUCUGUUGACCAAUAUCUCAGUUUCACUGUCCUCCACUGUCCUCCUAUCCCAUAUGUCCUCCUAUCUCCUACUUUUAGAAUACCCUCCCCCCUGCCUCACUAAACUGUGUUCCACAAUACUCUGCUCCACUUGUCCUACUAUUCCAAAGAACCACCAUUGCAUUACUGCCCCAUACCCAUCAAAAUGAUGGCGUUUGAACCAUCCAAUAUAAUGCUUUAAAUCAACUAUAGGAACUGGGUCAGUAGGAGAGUGCUAUACAAGAACUUGGACAUUUGUCUUUUUAUACAUCGUUUACUUCCGCACAGUACAGCUAGUAUUGGCACACACCCACACAACGAUGAUAUCUAUGUCACUAUUCCAACACAUAAAUAAUCACAUUAUGACUUAUGAAUGCUAAGCUCAUUGGAACCAAUAGCUAGCUAAUAACCUCUCUGGUUCCCAGUCUGCUAAAUGUAACUGUAGCCCUCUCCCUGAUGUUUCACCUCAUUUGGCCACCAGAGAGCUGUGAGCGCUGAGCAGUAAUGUAAUGUUACUGAAUGGUUGUGUUAUGGCGCUGAGGUAGCAGUAAUGUUGUGGUACUGACUGAGUGACAGACAGUGUUGUGGUAUUGACCUGUGUUGUGUUUGUCGCCCCCUACAGGGUGCCCCUGGUAGCCGUGGUUUCCCUGGUGCUGAUGGAUCUGCUGGCCCCAAGGUGACUACACACACACACACACACACACACACACACACACCUGAAACAACACAUACCUGGAACACACACACAUCCACACCUGCAACACCCACCCACUUGUUCAAAUGUAUAUACUACAGUGCACCUCCAAACGUUGCUACAUGCUAUGGUCACUAGCUAAGUACAGCAAACUCAUCUCUCCACCCCUCUCUCUCUCUCUCUCCCUCCAUCAUAGGGUGGCCCUGGUGAGCGUGGUGGCGCCGGAGUUGCUGGACCUAAGGGUAACACAGGUGAGCCUGGCCGCAACGGUGAGCCUGGUAUGCCUGGAUCCAAGGUGAGUUAGACAGGUGGCCGGUCUUAGAUCACUGGGCCUUUGUUAUACACUAUCAUUGUUGGAUAAUUAUUCAACAACUAAUAGAUACUAUAAGAAUGAAACCCAUAGAUUCAUGUUAAAAUGGCAUAUCAAGAUGUGUAUGCUGCCUAUGUUAUGUGCUUAUGUUACGGUUGUUAUGUGCCUGACCUUUGCCCUCUCACCUUUGCCCCCCAUCUCUAGGGUAUGACUGGUAGCCCUGGCAGCCCUGGUCCCGAUGGCAAGACUGGCCCCUCUGUAAGUUUCCUCAGCUACAGAUUCACCUGACCCUCACAACAUCAAUUCAACAAAAGAUGUAGACCUAUGACUACUUCACCCAAUAUCACUGUGGUCACUGACUCUCUCUCUCUACCCUCUCCUGUGACAGGGUGCCGGUGGUCAAGAUGGUCGCCCUGGACCCCCCGGCCCCGUUGGAGCCAGAGGCCAGCCCGGAGUCAUGGGAUUCCCCGGACCUAAGGGAGGCGCUGUGAGUAACCCUUCUGUCUCUCGCUGCUCUUAUUGGGGCACAAUAAUUGAUGGGCUGAUUCGAGAAAUUAAAUAUGACAUUGAGAGUUAACACAAUGUAUCAGUGGAGUCUGCUGAGGGGAGGACGGCUCAUAAUAAUGGCUGGAAUGGAGUCAAUGGAAUGGUAUCAAACAUAUGGUUGAUGUGGUUGAUACCAUUCCAUUGACGCCAUUCCAGCCAUUACUAUGAGCCGUCCUCCCCUCAGCAGCCUUCACUGCAAUGUAUGACAUAGUUGUCCAUAGCCUAAAACCUAGGUUUCAGUAUACAGUAUUGCUCUUUGAUGGGAAAUGAGCUAAUGGGUAUUUGUCUUCUCCUGUAGGGUGAGGGUGGCAAGCCUGGUGAGAGAGGAGUCAUGGGACCCGUUGGUGCUGUUGGCGCUCCCGGCAAAGAUGGUGAUGUUGGUGCUCCUGGUGCCCCCGGUGUUGCCGUAAGUACACUUCCACCCCAGCAUCCCACAAUGCUUCACUCCCAUUCUCCCCAAAGCUUUAAGGACAACAUUCUUCAGCAUUACCUGCACUGCGUCACACUUGCACACAAGCAAACACACUAUCACUAAUCCAAGCCAGCAUGGAAUCUCCUAGGAGACUGCAAAACCAAACCAAAUGUUUCCACUCAGUUUGUUUUUGCUUACAUUAUAUGGGGGUAACCCCCAUCCACCCACCAUUAUGCCGGUCACACUGAUUUUCCUAACCGACCCUCCUACUUCUUCUCCUCCUCAUAGGGACCUUCUGGAGAGCGAGGCGAGCAGGGAGCCGCUGGCCCCCCUGGAUUCCAGGUACAUCCCUGAGCUAUGGGCAAUAAUCAGUAUCUGACCAAUCGCAGACCUCCUCCUACUUCAGGUCCUCUGGCCAUUGGCUCACCUGUCUCUCUCUUGUCUCUUUGUAUAACAGGGACUUCCAGGACCCCAAGGUGCUAUUGGCGAGACUGGCAAGCCCGGAGAGCAGGUAAGAACACUACAGGAGUACAGCACCUUUGGUGUUGUCACUCACUGCCUCAUUCCUUGUCCUUGGUACUCAUCACUACAUGACACUUGACUUCCUGUCAAGAUUUGUGACUUGACACAGCUGAACAUUGAGCAUUACAAAUGCAGAUCUCAAAUCUCAAAUCUCUAAUAUCUUCUCUCUCUCUCUCUCUCUCCUGUCUAGGGUCUGCCCGGUGAAGGUGGUGCUCCUGGUUCCGCUGGAGCCAGAGUGAGUAUCCCAGAACAAUAAAGACAUCACUUCCUGGGUGAUAGACUGCUACAGCUACACUGUUGCCAAACAAGACAACGGCUAACAGCUAAAGCAGCAACAGACUAGCACCCAGCCGACCCAGGCUAAAGACAUUAGCAUUGACAUCGAUAACAUCCUUCAUCUUAUAUACAUGUGAUGUGAUGCUCUGGAACCAAAGUUGAUGCCCUCUCCCCUCUCCUCUCUCCGCUCCGUACCCCAGGGUGACAGAGGUUUCCCCGGUGAGCGUGGUGCCCCCGGCCCAUCUGGACCCGCUGGUGCCCGUGGCUCUCCUGGCUCUGCUGGUAACGAUGGUGCUAAGGGAGAGGCUGGUGCCGCAGGUGCCCCCGGUGGCCAGGGACCCCCUGGCCUGCAGGGAAUGCCCGGAGAGCGUGGUGCUGGUGGUCUGCCAGGCCUGAAGGGAGACAGAGUGAGUACCGGUGCCACCCAUCCUCCAUGCCUAAAUUCAUGUUCAUCAGUGGGCCUUGACUUCAUACUUCUGUGGCACUACAGUGGACUUGACUGAGUCCAUAAAAGCACUCAUCCGUCUCUGUAUCUGUAUAACCCACGACUAUACUAAUUCAGCUAUUCUUGUGUUGACAGGGUGACCAAGGAGUCAAGGGUGCUGAUGGUGCUGGUGGUAAGGAUGGCAUCCGUGGUAUGACUGGCCCCAUCGGACCCAACGGCCCUGCUGGCGCUCCUGGUGACAAGGGAGAGACUGGCGCUCCUGGAGCUGUUGGACCUACUGGUGCCCGUGGUGCCCCUGUGAGUACCUCAGUCCCACCCUGUUACCACCUCUCCACAGACAUGGCACAAAGACCUAAAAACAUAGUUCCCCAUGCAUCCAUACCACAGGCAUCUCUCUAUGGGAGUUAGUCUUGAAGCUUCAAAUAGAGACCACAUUGCCACAAUGCAUGAAGCAAAGCUCAAAUGGUUCCGGAACCUACUGAGCACCAAAGAGAGCAAUAAAUAAUGAAACUUAAGUAGAAAUGAAUGCAUAUAGAAGAAAGAACUGACCCACACUCAUAUGAUGCUAGUCCCUGACCCGUAACACAGUCCUGACCUGACUAACCCUUAACCUUCUCCUCUCUCCUCUCCCAGGGUGAGCGUGGUGAGUCUGGUGCCCCCGGACCUGCUGGAUUCGCUGGGCCUCCUGUAAGUACACACACCUCUUCACCUGUCCUCAUUUCACACAGAAAUCACUUCUCAAUUUACACAGAAAUCACUUCUCAAUUCACACAGAAAUCACUUCUCAAUUCACACAGAAAUCGUCCUCAAUUCAAACAGACAUCAGUUGUCAAUCAAGAUGAUGACUCGUAACAUCUUGCACACUAUGACGAUUCUAAAUAGAUUUCAUUGACAUUAAAUGAGACAGGCUUAUCUUACCAUAGCAUCCAGUCUAGAUGAACCUCCACACCAAUCUAUUCUACAUUCACUCAAUCACUUCUUCUUCUCUCUUCUCCUUCAGGGUGCUGAUGGUCAGCCUGGUGCUAAGGGAGAGGCUGGAGAUAACGGUGCCAAGGGUGACGGUGGUGCCCAAGGACCUGCUGGACCUACUGGAGCCCCUGGACCUCAGGUAUAACACGUGUGACUGACCACUGGGUACCCACCCUGACCCAUCUUAAAUGGUCCUCUGUAGUUUAAUUGGUAGAACAUGGCAGUUGCAAUGCCAGGAUAGUGGGUUCGAUUCCCGGCACCGCCUGUAUGUAAAAUGUAUGCAUGCAUGACUGUAAGUCGCUUUGGAUAAUAGCGUCUGCUAAAUGGCAUAUAUCAUAUUAUCUAGCUUGGUGAGAAGGUGACAACAGUAGGUGCGAUUAUUCACAAAUGGAAGAAACACAAAAUAACUGUCAAUAUCCCUCGGCCUGGGCCCCAUGCAAGAUCUCACCUCGUGGAGUUGCAAUGAUCAUGAGAACGGUGAGGAAUCAGCCCAGAACUACACGGGAGGAUCUUGUCAAUGAUCUCAAGGCAGCUGGGACCAUAGUCACCAAGAAAACAAUUGGUGACACAUUACGCCGUGAAGGACUGAAAUCCUGCAGCGCCAGCAAGGUCCCCCUGCUCAAGAAAGCACAUAUACAUGCCCGUCUGAAGUUUGCCAAUGAACAUUCAGAGGAGAACUGGGUGAAGUGUUGUGGUCAGAUGAGACCAAAAUGGAGCUCUUUGGCAUCAACUCAACCUCGCCGUGUUUGGAGGAGGAGGAAUGCUGCCUAUGACCCCAAGAACACCAUCCUCACCGUCAAACAUGGAGGUGGAAACAUUAUGCUUUGGGGGGGGGUUUCUGCUAAGGAGACAGGACAACUUCACCGCAUCAAAGGGACGAUGGACGGGGCCAUGUACCGUCAAAUCUUGGGUGAGAACCUCCUUCCCUCAGCCAGGGCAUUGAAAAUGGGUCGUGGAUGGGUAUUCCAGCAUGAGAAUGACCCAAAACACACGGCCAAGGCAACAAUGGAGUGGCUCAAGAAGAAGCACAUUAAGGUCCUGGAGUGGCCUAGCCAGUCUCCAGACCUUAAUCCCAUAGAAAAUCUGUGGAGGGAGCUGAAGGUUCGAGUUGCCAAACGUCAGCCUUGAAACCUUAAUGACUUGGAGAAGAUCUGCAAAGAGGAGUGGGACAGAAUCCCUCCUGAGAUGUGUGCAAACCUGGUGGCCAACUACAAGAAACGUCUGACCUCUGUGAUUGCCAACAAGGGUUUUGCCACCAAGUACUAAGUCAUGUUUUGCAGAGGGGUCAAAUACUUAUUUCCCUCAUUAAAAUGCAAAUCAAUUUAUAACAUUUUUGACAUGCGUUUUUCUGGAUUUACUUUUUUCCCUCACUAUAGUUCUUUAUUGAUACGCAUUAAAGUCAUUACACAAAUGAAUGACACCAUCAUAGCCCUACAAUGGUACUAUCAGCGACUUCAGCUGGAGUGUUGUUAUAUUGGUCUCCCCUCAGUAUUACAGAUGUUUGUAUUGCUCUUGUUUACUGACUGAAGCACUGAUGUGUCCACACAGGGUCCUGCUGGAAACACCGGACCUAAGGGCGCCCGUGGUGCUGCUGGUCCCCCUGUAAGUAACUUUGUAUCUUGUCCUCCAACAUCUCUCAUCUGUCUGACUGUAAACGAUAGCAUUUGUAAAGUAGUAUCAUGCUUCCCAAUCUGAUACACUAGGUUGACCAGUGUCUCUUUCUCUCUUUAGGGUGCCACUGGUUUCCCCGGUGCUGCUGGCAGAGUUGGACCUCCCGGCCCAUCUGUAAGUACUUCUUUCUCUACCACCAUACCAUUCACACUGAACCAUGCUCGUCAUCCAUCAGUAUAGCAAUACCCUGGCUCUGGCCAUAGGUUCCACUUUAACCAUAGGCGAACACUAAGCAAGCAAACCGCUCAAUAAUAGCUUAAAACAGCAAUCCCACAACACAACAGCACAAAUAUCAAUACAACAUAUUAUUGUGCAUCCAACCCAAGACAUAACUGCAUUGCCUGAUGCCCAUACAAGCAUCUAGCUAGGCAUUAGCUUAACAUUUAGAUGAUCACAAUACUGUCAUCGAUAACAGCCGUUGAUACAGGUGUAUUCGGUCAACUUCAGCCUCAUCUCAUACUCAACCAUCCUCUCCUCUUUCUUUCAGGGCAACAACGGACCCCCCGGGCCCCCAGGCCCCGGUGGAAAGGAAGGACAGAAGGGUAACCGUGGUGAGACUGGCCCCGCCGGUCGUCCCUGGUGAGCUUGGUGCUGCUGGACCCCCUGGUCCCCAGGGAGAGAAGGGACAGCCUGGUGGAGAUGGUCCCAAUGUAAGGACCCCUUUUUUGGCUGUCACUGUUACCCUAACAAAGUAACACCCUACGCUGACAAGCCAGAUCAAUACUAAUACUCCUUUUGGAGUGCACCUGUAAUACACGCUGAUGGAGUUUAAAUCUGACCUAUUCUCUCUUUUUGUCCUUCUCUCCUACAGGGACCCUCUGGAACUCCCGGACCUCAGGGUAUUGCUGGACAGCGUGGUAUUGUUGGACUGCCCGGACAGAGAGGCGAGCGUGGUUUCCCCGGCCUCGCCGGACAACUGGUCAGUACCGCAGAGUGCUAGUUCUAGAACUUCAUGUUAAAUGCGUUAGGCUUUUGCAGAGGAGACACAGUUCAUGGUGGAUAUCCCUAGUUUUCAGUAAGGCAGUGAUUAGAUAGUCUACAGGCCUGUCACAACGAUGCUAAAGGCCCUCUGUGCUAGCUCUGCCAAGAUGGCAGCCGACUGCAACGCUCUUGCAGUAGCUUCUGCAUACAGUUCAUACACCAUUGCUCUACUUCAGUAGUGGUACUCUAGUGUUAUGGUUGAGGUCUAACCCUGAUCUUUGUUUCCUGCUUUAGGGAGAGCCUGGCAAGCAGGGACCUGGUGGCCCCUCUGGUGAGCGUGGACCCCCUGGACCCAUGGGACCCCCUGGACUGGCUGGAGCACCUGGCGAGCCUGGUCGUGAGGGAACUCCUGGUAACGAGGGAUCUGCUGGUCGCGAUGGUGCUGCUGGACCCAAGGUGAGAGCUAUACUCAUACACUGUCCUCAAGACAGAUUCACCCCCUCACUUUGGGAACCAGCCUGUUGGUAUACUGUAGACAAACUACACUGGGCACCAUUACACGACUACUUGCAUGGCUGAAAGAGCAUCCAAUAGUUUAAUGUAUUGGGAUCAUGUCCAGGAGUUUGAUCUUCUCUUGACCCGUCUCUGUUCCUCUCUGUCCUGCCUGUAGGGAGAACGUGGUGAGUCUGGUGUUGCUGGUGCUCCCGGUGCCCCCGGACCCCCUGGCGCCCCUGGACCCGUCGGCCCCGCUGGAAAGUCUGGUGACCGUGGAGAGUCUGUAAGUGUCCAGAUCCCCCGCCAUUACUCCCUUAGACUGACGAGGAAUACAUAACUGGGGGCAAUUCAGACAUGAUGACAUGACAUAAUGUUCAGAGACCGUACUGUAUGUUGACAACUGUUGUAGCCUCAAAAUGGCCGCCCAUCGCACAGUAACUAGUUAAGGCUGUAGAAGGGGUUGAGGUCUUUGUUUGUAGUCCUGUUAGAAUAUAGCAUGUACUGGAGCUCCUAAUAGUUGAGCUACAUAGCCUUUAUGACAUGCCUUCGAGUUGGGAUGAUCAAUUGAAUUGAUUGUCAUAUCUCUUUCUCUCUCUUUCCCUUUCUCUCUUCUUCAGGGUCCUGCUGGCCCCGCUGGUAUUGCUGGCCCUGCUGGUCCCCGUGGCCCAUCUGUACGUAUAUACUCCAUCAAAGAUUCAUAAAACCAUCACUAUGAAUACAAUAUCUGCUCUUCCACUCGGAGUCUGAGGAAAGGGUAUACUGAACACGCCUGUCGCUUUCCUACCCAGGGACCCGCUGGAGCUCGUGGAGACAAGGGAGAGGCUGGCGAGGCUGGAGAGAGAGGCAUGAAGGGACACAGAGGAUUCACUGGCAUGCAGGGACCCCCUGGCCCCUCUGUGAGUACCCCCAACUGAUUACAAAUCAACAAUAAUAACACAAGUGGCCCAGCAUAAACAAGGGAAAUGGGUUGCUACCCUUUAUCCAAAUGCAGUACACCAUAAAUAGCUAGAUUCGUACAUGCCUGCAAAGGCACAAGGAAGAUAUUUCAACCUUCUCCCUGUAAUAUUGGUGUUUGAUAUAACAGGCACCUUAAUCUGUUGUUUCUGCCCAUAGGGACCAUCUGGAGAGUCAGGACCAGCUGGAGCCUCUGGCCCCGCUGGACCUAGAGUGAGUAUGACCCACAUUAUGACAACUGUUACACAACUAUCAGCACAGCAACAUUAUGACUGGGGAGCACUUCUCUGAUGACAAUAUGAUGUGGAUAGUCUACACUUUCGUAUUAAGCUAUGGCUCUGCCUACACUAGGGACCUUCUGGAUCUGCUGGUGCCGCCGGUAAGGAUGGUAUGAGCGGUCUGCCCGGCCCCAUCGGACCUCCCGGACCCCGUGGUCGCUCUGGAGAGAUGGGACCCUCUGUAAGUCACUUCAACCACUUCAAAAUCGGUAUCUUUUGCUCCUUGUACUCCUCUUAUUCUUCUUCACAUCCUAUCUUGGUUGGCCUUUGCUUCCUCCACAUAUAGGGACCCCCUGGCCCUCCCGGCCCCCCUGGCCCCCCCGGACCUCCCGGUGGUGGAUUCGACAUGGGCUUCAUUGCUCAGCCCGCUCAGGAGAAGGCCCCCGAUCCCUACCGUCACUUCCGCGCCGACGACGCCAACGUGAUGCGCGACCGCGACCUGGAGGUAGACACCACCCUCAAGAGCCUGAGCCAGCAGAUUGAGAACAUCCGCUCUCCCGAGGGCACCAAGAAGAACCCCGCCCGCACCUGCAGAGACCUGAAGAUGUGCCACCCCGACUGGAAGAGCGGUGAGUCGAAGAGUCAUAGACCCAUUCUAGACUACGGUUGCUUGCUCAUCAUUAGUCAAGAAAUUGCUUGGCUUUGAGGAAAGCAUGGAGCUGUAUUGGUUCUGACAAGCUUUAGCAUAGUGUGUAAAGACAUCUUCAGUAUACACUAGCUUGUUUAGUUUCUUGUGAGUCCUGCUGUCUGUAUAGUCUCAAAACAACAACAAUCACAUUGGAUGUUCUUGACGUGAUCCACUCUCUUCUCCAUGCAGGCGAGUACUGGAUCGACCCCGACCAGGGCUGCACCCAGGAUGCCAUCAAGGUUUACUGCAACAUGGAGACCGGCGAGACCUGCGUCUACCCCACCGAGGCCAUUAUCCCCAAGAAGAACUGGUACACCAGCAAGAACAUCAAGGAGAAGAAGCACAUCUGGUUCGGCGAGGCAAUGACCGAUGGCUUCCAGGUGAGAACCUCGGAGCGUCAAACUGUUGGGAAAAGAGGACCAUAAUCGCACCAUUCUCUUAGAUGAAGUGUCCUUGAUGCUAACUCCAAACCAUGCUAACUCCAUUUCUUUCUCCUCUCCCCUACAGUUUGAGUAUGGCAGUGAAGGCUCCAACGCUCAGGAUGUUAACAUCCAGCUGACCUUCCUGCGCCUUAUGGCCACAGAGGCCAGCCAGAACAUCACAUACCACUGCAAGAACAGCAUCGCCUACAUGGACCAGCAGUCCGGCAACCUCAAGAAGUCUCUGCUGCUCCAGGGCUCCAACGAGAUCGAGAUCAGAGCCGAGGGCAACAGCCGCUUCACAUACAGCGUCACCGAGGAUGGCUGCACGGUGAGUCCUCCUUCCUCCUGUUACCUACUCUCUGCUGUAUCUUAGUCUGUGUCCGCUCAGGAACUGUUCUAGAAAGAAUCCUUCCUCUCAGGAAUGGUUCAAGAGAGAAUUUCGCUCCUCUUGAAGAGGUAGUUGGUGUUAGACUGUGGGUAUGAGCAGCAGUAGUCUUGUCAAGGUGGAAUUGGAAAGGGCUUUUGGGAUUGUGGUGUUGGUAUAGGACAAGGGUCACUAGUUGGAAACAGAUGAGGGUUUCAUUUGAGGGGCUUUAUGAUAGUAUCUGUGAUGUUAUUCCUCAUAACUUGGUAUAAAGUGCUUUUUCCAGGAGCCAUCUUUUGAAAGGGUAAAGGGGGAAGGAAGAGAAUGAUUUCAAUUGAUUAGGAAAUGGAAACUAUGGAUUCUGAUUGGGCCUUUUUCAUCUUCUCUCUCAUCACAGUCGCACACUGGUGCAUGGGGCAAGACAGUCAUCGACUACAAGACAACGAAAACAUCCCGUCUGCCUAUUAUUGACAUCGCUCCUAUGGACGUUGGUGCACCCAAUCAGGAAUUUGGCAUUGAAGUUGGCCCAGUCUGCUUCUUGUAAAAAAGAAAUCUGGACUUGAAAUUGUUUGUGUGUGUAUGUUUUUUUCUAGCAAUCAGCCCCUCUCAACCCUUUUCUAUGCAUUUAAAAAAACCUAGAGUUUCAUUUGGCCGUUCAAAUGGUCCACUUGCUUAAAACUGCACUUCUGAAGACAGUUGGUUGUGUGUCAUCAAGCUUUUUUGCGACCACUAUUACCACCACCAUCAACACCGAGGAUACUUUAGAAGACUCAAUGGUUUCACUGGCAAAAAGAAAAUAAUAUAUACUUGUAAAGUGUAAAAUCCCCCCUGGAGUUUGACAGAAAAAACAUCCCAGAUACAGGUGACUUUUUUUUACCACUGAGGAAGGACAAUGAAAAAGAAAAUCAAAUGCUUUGUACAACUUUCAGGUGAUGUCAAAUAAAUCUUAAAAAUGACAGUGAAGUGUCUUGUUGUUGUACCCACCUAGAGAAGCAGUUGUUCCUUCUGAAGUCACACGAAAGCAGCAUUAGAGACAUGGGUUCAACUUCUUUUUUAAUCUUAUGGCUACCUCAAAAAGGAAAUCCACGUUACCCAGUGUUAGUGAACCCCAGGUUAGAUUUUACACGGCAGAAGUAUGGUUGAAAGUAACAGCUGCAAAAGGUGCUAUUCUUCAUGAGGUCCUGUCAGUGGAGGGUGAUUUGAAAUUGUGCUAUUGUGUUGUCAUUCUUGCUUGCAGGACCUUAGGUGCUAAAUUAGCAGAUUAUCUUGAUGUCAGUCGUAACAGAUGUGUUUCAAGUGUUGGCUAAAACCUCUGCAACAGAGGCUUAGCAAGAGGUAUACUGUAGUUAGGAUGCACAUGGUCCUGUCUAGUGUAGAAUAAGCAGGUGGAUUUGUUGUCUGUUUGUUUUGAACAUCUUUUGACACUUUUUGGUUGUUGUUUGUUUCGUUUUGAAAUCCCCCCUUUUGUUGUCCAAUUGCUUCUAGCAGUACCCCUCUCUCUCCCCCCAUUGUUUUUUUUGUUUUGUUUUGUUUUCUUAUUUUAUGCGAAGGGUUUUGGAAAAGAUUGAACACAGAAAAAAUUGAAAUAUCG